AUGUCCCCUCACAGCCCCAGAGUGGCAGACAGGACCUGGCUUCGAGGUCUGGCUCCUGUCACCCAGAGCAGUAGAGGGCGGAAGCGCAGUCUGUGCAGGAUGAGUUUACGGGUAGUGUUCGUCUUGCUGAGCGUCGCAGCGGCGGGCUCCGCGCAGUUCGCUUCUUUGUCAGCCUCCUCAGCAGUCGCUGCGAGGGCAGAUCCGGCUUCUCCAGCAGACUCCAAGCAGCUCGUGUCGAACCUGCAGCCUGAGCAAGAACACAGUGACAGACUCCCUCUGAAUCAGAAUGCCACGAAUGCCUUCCCUGGCAGUUCGGAACCCGAGCGGCUCCACAAGAAUGACAGCCUUGGCAAUUCCUCCAGAGACCAGUCCACCGAGUCGGUCUCCACCUUGGAGCCCACCAAGGAGCCCACCAAGUCCGAUUUAAACACAGUAACCGACAAAGCUCUGCAGCCUUCCAGAACUGAAUCUGGGGGAAAAGUAUUGCUAGACUCUGACCGCUCUUUUACCCAGCAGGAGGGAGAAGGUAAGUCUUUAGAACCACCUGAAGAUGAGGAGCCCAAGGAGACGGAGGAAGGGGAUACAGAGCCUGAAGAGGGUGCACCACCCAAAGACGAGAAAGAAAUGCCUGGCUCUGCCUCCAGUGAGAACCGUGAAAGCACAGUUUUGGAUUCCUGGAGUAGGGAGAAGGAUGACCUUUAUAAGGAUAAUCUUGGAAGUUCCAGUGCAGAGAGCAGCCACUUCUUUGCAUAUCUGGUGACAGCAGCCAUUCUCGUUGCUGUCCUCUAUAUUGCCUACCACAAUAAGCGGAAGAUUAUUGCUUUCGUCCUGGAAGGAAAAAGAUCCAAAGUUACACGGCGGCCAAAGGCCAGUGACUACCAGCGUUUGGACCAAAAGGUAAGGAAGGAAGGAGGGAUAUGCAGUCUCACAUGGGCCCAGCAGUGGGCUUGUGUUUGGCAUGGCGGCAGCAGCAGCUGA